AUGGCUAUUGAUAAUGCUAAUGUUGACGCCAAGCUUCGCCAGGAGUUGGACUCUAUAUCAAUGCCCGAUUGUCAAUUGAUCCUCCAGGGCCUAGGGCUUACACCACCGAAAGCGAUGAAGAAACCUGCAUUCAUCGAGUACAUUGUGAAACUCGCAGCGGGUCAAGAUGCCGAAACAAGCAGCCGGCUCAUUGCUGAUAUCAGUUGCAAAGCUAUGUCCAAAUCCAAAGCAACUGUACCUCGUCCCAAACCCCGUCGUAUCAUGCCUCCCGUCACUCAGAUACCUCCUGUGUUCUCCCCCCCUCCUGCUACCUAG